CGCGUUGCCCCAGGUUACGCGUGCAGAUGGCCGCCGCGAUGGAGACGCUGGUGAAGUCGGUCACGGCGGCGGCGCUGCUGCUGCUGAUCGCGGCGCUUUGCCCCCGCACGGCGCACGCCACCGUCGUCUUCGAGCUGCCCGACAUCAAUACGUGCGACAUGACCUCCUUCUGGAACGGCCCCGAGCUGCGUUGCACCCCUUGCGGCCUGAACGCCAUCAAAGCGCCCGACGGUAAGUCGUGCACGUGCGGGCCUGGAUAUAGGUUGAAAUAUGACACCGGUGGAUCCAUCGUGUGUGAAUCGUGUGGAACUAAUAUCGUGGGCCAAGAUGGCAGGACAUGCAUUGGAUGUCCAACUGCUUUUCUGAAUAGUGUUAAUCGUACCUGCAAGUGUAACAAUGCAGCAAUUCUAGUGGAGCGAGAACAGAAUGGAAGUCUACUCACAGAGGCAAGCUGCAUUUCUUGCGUGAAUGGCACAGUCCCAAACUCGCAGGGUAACAUGUGUGUACGGUGCGGAGACACAUUUUUUAAUGCGACAACAAACAGCUGCGCAUGUGUUAAUACCAAAGGAGGACUAUGCCUGUAUCCGGAACCGAUUAGCACAGGUGUCCUGAUUAACUCAAACUGGUUCAGUGACAAUUUUGAUGCUGCUAGGGUUGCCUGCGAGACAUACCAAAACCGGACUGCCUGUCAAGUGCUGGGCAACAUGUGUGUUAUGUUCAUGGACGUCGGGGCCUUGUAUGUGUAUUGUGCGAAUUUUUUCCUCACUGCACCAUCUCUCAAGCAAGUACAUGGGAUCCAAACCUGGUUUGAGAACCGCCCGUGGAUUUACUACAUGAGUGACACCGCAGCCAGCGUGCUCGCAUCCACCGAUUUUCCCGUGGUCUUCUCUCUACGGGGAUCAGGGGAGAGCAAACUGCGGCUGGUGUUGGGUAUGUAUGACAUUCGUGGGAAAUUCUUGGGAUACAAAUCGGCUGCUGGCGGCCUUCUGCAGCUGUGUCCCGGCACCCUAAGCCGCCUGGAUGCGGCAUACACCUUCGGCACGGCCUACGCACAGUCUUGCACUCUGUCGCGGAUAACUCUACAGGAACUCUUCCCGGAGCCAAUUUUUUACGAUCCCUACUUGCAGUUCACGCAGGGCGGGAAGGAAUAUAUGUAUGCGCUGCCAGUCCUCAAUUCCAACCUGCAAAGAGGGGACAGAGCUCCAAACAAACAAAGCGAUCAAGCUCAGUGGAUGCUGAUGCGGCGAUUUUUUCUGGUGGACGCUUUGACUGAUUCAAACACCAUAAACUAUGCCAGUUCCAUCACCAUCUCAAUCACGAUGCCGACCAACAAUGCCAAUAGAACAAUCUACCCUCCCCUCAUCACAGUGGACUACACUAAAUUCAGUAAGACUUCAAAUGACAGUUUAAAGGUGUCAUUUUCUGUUGUUUACAACAUGAGUCAAGCAGAUGCAAAGCUCCAGACAGAAAUUGCGCUGGGAGUGUUGGGCAGCCUGGCUGUCUUCUAUGCCAUGAUGCAGACUACCGGGUGGCGCCGUCGAGCCGGCCUGCAGAUGGUGGAAUUCAGCUCGCUCGUGAAGUUUUUCUUGAUCCUGGCGGGCGCGCUCUCCAAUGUUUUCUUCAUCGUCACGUUCGGCACCGGUCUCUACUGGCUCAUCAUCUUCAAGUCGGCAAAGAGCCAACAAACCGUGGCCGUGAUGUUGCCCACGCCGAGCGAAGAGAGGAACUUCAUCAUCUACCUGUCGUGCGCGUUCGCUCUCAAGGCAGUUCAAUUUCUACACCUGAUAGCCACACAGGUCUCCAUUGACAUUUUCUUCUUUGAUUGGGAGCGGCCGAAAGGCAAAGCUAGACAGGGGGCGGAAGCCGCUUCUGCACGCGGAGUCAGCGUUUGGCGCACGUUCUUUGUGGCCAACGAGUGGAACGAGCUGCAGACGGUGCGCAAGCUAAGCCCCAUGCUCCAGCUCUUUGCGGUGCUACUCUUCCUCAAGGUCGUAGGCUUUGAGAACCUGGGUCUACGGGAUUUGGGAGUUACGCUGCUGCCAGCCCCGAAUGCUGAUGAGGCCUCAUGGAGCCGCAUCCUGCGUUUUGGAGUCGCUUCGUCCGUAUGGCUCGUUGUUGGCGCCGUGCAGGUCAUCUUCAACACCAUAAUCUACGAGCGCUUUGUGGAGGACAAGAUCCGCCAGUUUGUGGACCUGUGCUCUAUGAGCAACAUCUCUAUCCUGAUCCUGGAGAACCGCUGUUUCGGCUAUUACAUCCACGGGCGCUCUGUGCAUGGACGCGCCGACACAAACAUGGAGGACAUGCACGCCAAUCUUAAGAAGGAAGAGGAGAACCUGUGUAGCCAGCGGGGGCUCGUGCCCGGCACGGAGCUGCAGACGUUUGAGGUGGCGCUCACACAAGCGGCUCGCCUGCACUACGACCGCAUCCUCCAGCCGCUGGCCAUGAUGGCAGCUCCGCCACGAAUGGCCGGGCCCCAAGGAGGUCCCAUGGAGCAGAGCAUGCGAGCCUACCAGACCAUGAACAGAUUCCUGUGUUCCUUCGUUGACCACGCGCACAAGGAGGUGGACUACAUGAUCCGAGACAAGCUUCUGCUGGAGCGCCUCACGGGCAUCGAGUUCCAGGAGACCUUCGACAAGAGCUUCCUGUAUAACGAUGAGUCCCACUCGUUCAGCAAUGUCCUCUACUACGGCCACGAGGCCACCUUGCUGCUGCUCGACAUGCUGCUCUUCUGCAUCAUCGACAUGGGCACGCAGGACUUCACUCUCGCCACCAUCAUCACCUUCGUCGUUCAGAAGCUCUUCCGGUCAAUUCGCGAGUCGUUUUCACGAAGAAACCUCGUUAAGAAGACCCUGGUGGACGAGCGCUUCCUGAUUUAGCGGACGAUGAGAACCUGGAGCCUCCUCUCCCCAACUCUGUGCCACGGUGUGAAAGCCAACAACCAAGUCUGGGCGUUUCCAACAACAGAAACGCUCAACUACGUGACCGAGAACACCGCUCUUAAAGCAGGUGUUUAUGUUUGUUAACUAAGGUGAAUUUUACACCGUCUACGGCAAAUCGUUGUAGUUGACUCGACCGCUGUAAGCAAUGUGGUGAUGCCAACACAUUUUUUAGUUGUUUCCUUUUUAUACGCUUUUUAUUAACUCAUUCUGUCUGUUGUAUCCUCAAAUCUCGUAACUCAAUUUUAGCCCACUUCCCAAUGUGGUAUCGACUGCAAACGUAGCAUACUUAUGUCAUACUGAUGACACUACUAUAUUCUAUCAUUAAAAAAUAAAAAACUUAUAUUUUUUUAACA